AUGCACGCGGCACCCUCGAGGAGCACGCAGAGCGGAGGCAGUCCCGUCACCGAGGACGAGGGGUCCAUGUCGCCCUUGUCGUCGCCCUCUCCGGCCUCGACAAACGGAGUGCGAGUCGUCCAGCAGCUGCACCGCGCAGCUCAGAGCGGAGACGUCAAACGGAUCCGCAAGCUCGUCCAGGUUGCACGCUUUAGUGCGUCAUGUCCUUCAGGCUGCACCAUCAAUCGGCCGUCGUCGUCGUCUCCCCCGAUCGACUCGAACCUGUGGCUCAAUGCAGCAGAUGAAGACGGCUUCACGGCCCUGCAUCUCGCCUGCGUUGGUGGGCACGACGAUGCUGUCCACGAGCUGCUGCAGGCAGGCGCUGACUUGGAAGUUGCAACGCCCGAAGGAUUCACUGCGCUCAUGUUCGCCGCGUGGGUUGGAUCGCUCUCGCUCGUGCAGACGCUUGUGUCUCAGGGAGCUCACGUGAUGGUACGUGACGUUGACGGUAAUGAUGCCGCUUUGAUUGCCGAGAUGAACGACCACGCGAGCGUGGCCAACCUGCUCCAGAAACACGUUGAGACCCUCGAGGAUCGUGAGCCCCUGAGCCACCGCCAGGGCGCGUCUCCCUGGAGCCACAGCAGACAGGAGCAGACUUUCCAGUUCAAGUCCCAUGAGAGCUUUUCGGACAAGUCGGUCAUGUCCAGCGACUCGAGCGCUUCCACUGGAAGUGACGAUGAUCGCAGCAGACUCGAGAGCGUUCGCAGUCGCUCUUCCACGCGGUCGUCGCUUGACCAGCUACCCGGGAAGACGCUUCUUACCAUGGAAACCUCUCCAUCCAGCGACAGAAACGGCGCCACGCCAUUGCACGUUGCAGCGAAGCACGGACAGCUCGAAACAGUCAAGGCGCUCGUCGCUCGUGGUGCAAAUCUGUCUGCCGUGCUGCCCAAUGGCGCCAACGGAUUGCACUUGGCGUCAGCGUCCGGGUUCGUUGACGUGGCCUCGUACCUCAUUGACCAGGGCCUGUCAGUUGACGAGCGUACAGUCGCUGGCACUACUUCGCUGCACGAAGCGGCGUACCAGGGGCACGCUGACGUCGCCGCGCUACUUCUCGACCGUGGGGCCACUGUCGAUGCAGCUACAGAGUGGGGUACGACCCCAUUGCAUCGUGCAGCGGAGAAGGGUCACGUGCAUAUUGCUGAGCUGCUGAUCGCGCACGGAGCGCACAUUGACGCCGUGACGACGGAGUAUCUCGCGGCAGGCGGAAACCGAGAGGCUGCAGAUGACCGCCGUUCUCGACGUCGACGGUGUCGGAGACGCAAGAACUUCGACGCUGUGGAAACGGAAGGAACGGAUGUGCAUGUUGAAGCAUUUACGGUGGAGCAUCGGGCACCGGAUGCGCUAGAGAACGAGGCCUCGUCCUGCCGAUCAAGUCAAGUCGCGCUGUGUCUAGCAGCGAAGAAUGGCCACCUCGAUAUGGUGCAGUACCUGCUGACGCGUCACCCGACUGAUCUCGCGGCACUUGGACCAUCUCGACACCCCGUUCUGCUGGCAGCUCGACACGGACACGUGGAAAUCGUGCGACUACUGCUUGUCCAUGACGAGUGUGCUUCGAGCUUGCCCGAUGCAGCUUCGCGUGUCCUGUGCUUAGCAGCAGAGCAUGGCUAUCUGCAAAUGGCGGAGCACGCGCUCGCUCGCGGAGCAAACGUUGAGGCUGUCGAUGUGAAAAGACUCGCAACUCCGUUGGUGCUCGCAGCUCGAAAUGGUCACCUUGCUGUUGUGCUGCAUCUUUUGUGGGGCGGGGCGAAGGUCGACGCUGCGACGAGAACUUCGGGCUACACGGCGCUGCAUUAUGCGGCCAAGCAUGGCCAUCUGACAGUGGUGAACAGCUUACUCUUGAAUGGGGCAGACGUCGAUGCUGUUUGCAGACGACGUCGCAUGUCGCCGCUCCACUUGGCAGCUGAAUCAGGUCAUGGAGAUGUGGUGCGCUUCUUGCUAUCGUUCAACGCAAACGUUGAAGUCGGACAGCGUUCGGCGGCCAUGACGGCACUGCACAUUGCAGCGGAGCGCGGCCAUGUGGACGUAGCGCGAGAACUGGUGCUGCAUGGCGCACAACUCGAAGCCGAGACACGAAACGAUCUGCGCGCGCUCUUCAUUGCCGCAUAUUGCGGUCAUGCGGACGUUGUCGAGUUGUUGCUGGAUCAAGGGGCUCAACUGGAAGCAAAGUCAGGCACGAACAAGACGACGCCUCUGCGUGGAGCAGUGGCAAAGGGCCGGACUGCCGUUGUCAAGCUGCUGCUGGCGCGUGGUGCCGACGCGACCGCCACGCAGUCCACGGAUGGGACCACGAUGCUGCACAGUGCGGCUGCUAACAAUUUUGGCGACAUCCUGAAGCUCUUGGUGGCAGCAGGAGCCAACCUGGACUGCGUGGAUCGGGAAGGACGCACGCCACUGGACUAUGCAGCGUCGGAUCCCGUUCGUCUCCAGCUUCGUCUCGCAUUGCUCAAGUCUCACUGGCAGAGGCAGGACAGCUGA